AUGGCCCCGCGCCGAGCUACCGGGAUGGACAACAUGGUUUUAGGUGGUCUUGAAGGGCUUGGUUAUACCAGGUGUUGUGUGCCCUCCGGUGAUUGUCUCAGGGCUCAGCAACGUUUUGGUACGAAUCCUGGCGAGGACCCAAUGGCAAUCGCCCUCGAUGAUCUACGUGAUACUGUCAGGGUUACAUGCUCCAAUGAAGUCUGUACCACAGGCAGAUAUAUGCAUCGCGAAUGUUUCGACCAAUGGGAACAGACUGUUCUGUCCUAUCUCAAAACUUGUGGUCGUGCGCGUUCCUGGUCCGAAAGACAACGUCAUCAAAAUUUGUGGACGAAAAAGGGAUACGAUCUGGCUUAUAAGGCCUGCGGAUGCAAAUGCGGUCGUGGUCAUCUUAAAAAAGACUUAGAUUGGAUGCCUCCGCCGCCCACCGCGAAUAUUUUCGGCCGUAUCGAAGAGAUCGACACCAUGAACAAUAAUAACAACAACAAAAAGAAAAAACGCAGAAAUCGAAAUUCGAGGCCUUCGUUAACGAAUACUGGUCCCAUAGGACCAAUCGGUGAUGGCAGGCAUAGAGCAGGUAGCUUAUCCUGCUCUAGUUCUGGCAGUAGUUCGCCUCCAGCUUCGGGUUCCGAACCAAGCGUGUCUCCAGUUCACGGUGCCCAUUCCAAGAAGAAGACGAAAAUCGAUUUGCCAGAUAGAAUCAGUGUUGAUGGCACGAAAUCUAUUUAUCGCGAUGCAGAUGCUAAAAGAUUUAUGGAUAUUAGUCCACAUAAUAUUUUGGUGGGCACUUAA